CCGGGGUGGAGAAAGUACACUUUCUCCUUCCAACCAAAGCACUGUCUGACUGGAUGGUGGGGGAGAUCAGAAGACUGGGGCAAGGGUGCCCUGGGAAGGGGCCAUGGUGCCAAGCCAGUUGUGGGGGAGACUGAAGAAACCAUUUCUCUUCCUGAGCAGUGCCUCCCUCCUCCUGGGGCUGGUUUUGCUGGGUUCAUGGCCAAAAGUCGCCCCUGCUGCAUAUUUCUUUCUCAGCCUGGCUGGCUGCUGCUUCUUUGCCUGUCUUCUCGCCUGUUGCCUGGAAUGGGGGUUCCGGUCAAUGCAAAGAUCAGUACAGUCUAUGCAGACAGAGAGCCCGGGGUCUUCAGGCAACGCACGGGACAACGCAGCUUUUGAGGUACCAACCUAUGAAGAGGCAGUGGUGGUGUUGGAAUCACAGGACCAGCCCCAACCGUUGGAUCAACCACCUCCUUACAGCAGUGUUGUAAUCAUCCCAGGAGUUGAUGGAGGACAGCCUAACCAACCAGACAGGUCUACGACAGGCCGACUGGAAAGGCGAGUGGGUUCAGAGGGAACUAUGACGCCUGCCAGAAGCCCUGGGAAUGCUCUUAUCAGCCUCCGACUGCGAGGACCACGAGUUGUGUCCACCGCUCCUGACCUGCAAAGCUUGAGGGUGACCCCCACCUCGGAACCUCAUACUCCACCCCCUGCCUAUGAUGUCUGCUUUGCUCACCCGGAUGAUGAUGAUAAUGUUUUCUAUGAAGACAACUGGACAAUCCCCUAGGUGAAUCUACGGACAUAACUAUUUUUCCCAGCCCAGACUCAAUCUCAUUUGCUCAGCAUUUCCUAGUGCCUACUAUGUCAGGAAUAGUUUCUGUCUGGACAUCACAAAUGGGGUUUUGAAGCCUGAGCAAAGGCAAGCUACGGUUUAUCCCUCGCCAGUGGAGAUGU